UUAUGUGUCUUCACCCCCCUGCAUCUGUUGGCAACCAUGUUUGGUCAAAAGAAAACACCUCGUCCAAGCUCUGGGCAAAGGAAACAUGACUUAGGAAUGUUUGGUAUAGGUAUGGAUUUUGACCCAACCGCAGGAAUGGGUGAUGCUGAAGAUGACGAUGAUGCUGAUUUUGAAGCUGAGCUUGCAGCCUUGCAGGGAGGUGGAGCUCAAAAGAAGCCAACAAGACCUAAAAAAAAGCAUAUGGAUAUAUCUGCAAUUGAUGCAAUGGCAGCUGAGUGUAUGAAAGACGUGGAUGACGUCAGCGAUGAUGAUGAUGUUAACGAUGCUGAUUUGAUGGCGGAAUUGGAAGGUCUCAGCCCAAUGGACAGUGGAACGUCUUUGGACAAAACACCUGCCCUGAUCCCAUCACAAAAAUCAAAUGAAAGCACCUCAACAGAUAAAGCUCAGGGGGGUGAUGUUUCUGUCAUUGCUGAAAGAAAGAAAAUGUACGAAAUGGCAAUAGCAAGUGCAGAAAAAUCUGGGGAAGGUGGAAAAGCCAGGAGGUACAAGAGAGGACUGAAGGAAAUUGAGAAGAUGUUGAAAUCUGCUCAAAAUGGAAAAGCAGUCAACAUGGCUGAACUUCCCCCUCAGGUUGCAGUAGGAGGAGAUAAGCCAGCACCAGCUCCAACACCUGCACAUCCCCCAAUGUCCUCUGAUACACCCACACAACCACUCAUUGACCUUGGGACUCCUGAAGCUAGCACAAGUGUCAAGGCUAACCAACCUUUACCCACAGUACCAGCGAAACCACAGACACCGCAGAAAAACACCAGUGCACCAGAACCAUUGCCUCGAUCAAAACCACCAACUCCACAGACAAAAGCCAAUGCUCCGGAACCAUUACCACGAGCCCAGGCAAAACCCCAGCCUAAACUACCAGAAUCUCAAGUAAAACCUCCUGAAACUUCAAGUGAUGUAGCGGAAACUGUCAAGGGCCUAGCAUUAAAACGAGAUCAAUACAAGAUUGCUGCAAGGAACAGCAACAGAGACGGCGAUAGGGAGUCGGCAAAAACAUAUCUUCUCAUAUCAAAGGAGUUUGAUAUUGUCAUCCAAGCAGUGAAAGACGGUAAAGAAGUUGAUCUCAGUCAAUGCCCUCCACCUCCGCCUGGAUUUCCAGGUGGACCUUCAACGAAGCCUAUCCCAUCAGGUCCCUCACAGUCCUCAACUGCUGGUGCCCAAACUCCUACGCCCGCUGACGUCAGUACUUCAAGUUCAGCCCCAGCCCCUCCCGCCGCUCCAAAGACGGUUCUCGAAGCGCUCGAACAGCGACUGGAGAAAUAUCAAUCUGGAGUGCGCGACGCUGAGAAAGAAGGGAAUUCUGGGAAGGCGAGGAGAAUGAACAGAAUUCUGAAGCAAUAUCAAGACGCUAUUCGGGACUUCAAGGCGAAGAAACCACUCAAUCUUGAAGAUCUACCAACACCUCCUGGUUACCCUCCUUUUCCAACUGAACCACCACCCCCCCAGGCAACGGCGCCCCGCCAACCAGCCGCCGUCCCAAGCCAAUCCCCAGCGGCCCCGAACAAGCCCGCACCAGUAAAGCGUCCAGCCCCACCAGCCGCGGGUGGAGCAGGUGGUAAACCCGCACCAAAAGGAAGAAACGAAAAGGAACUACAGUUUUUGAUCGAUCGUCAGAAAGAGUUCAAGAUGGCUGCGUUGAAAGCUAAGAAGCAAGGUGAUCUGGAUCAAGCAAGGAGCCAUCUUAAAACGACCAAGGGAUUUGAUGCUAUGAUCGAGGCCGCUAGGAAUGGUCUACGCGUAGAUCUCACCAAGGUACCGGAGUCUCCGUUGUUGGGUCAGAGUCUCCCGGGAUCAAUCGCCGCGGACAGCGAUUUCGUCACAGUUCAAGAGGGAGAUUGCACCCCAGAACCCAGCGGCCGCGAGGAGACGUUUGCGAGCCUGGAGAAGGCUUUGAAAUCUCAGUACGAGAUGUGCAAAAACAACACUGCUCACUACUCUAAGAUUGGAGAUCUUGAAAACUCGAAAAGGUUUGAGAAACUGGCGUUGAACUGCAAGAAAGAUUAUGAUUCAUUACAAAGCGCCUUUAAACAUGGCAAACCCCCGCCUAGAUAUCAUUACGAGAAUAGGACGUUUAGUAUUGUCAGGUCAAAUACGGACAUGGGCGAUCAGGAUUGUGAAAUAAAUAUCAUAAAAUGUAUAAACAUUCCUCUACCGUCUGGUUACAGCAAGGAGGAUAUGAAAGUUUACGUGUCCUACGAAUUUCCAUUUCCAAACGAUCAGCCCCAAGCUGGUUUUACUGAAACAGUUAAACAUUCCAUAAAUCCAGAGUUUCAACAAAAGUUUAAGUUAUCGAUUGACCGAAAAAAUCGGUCCCUAGCGAGAAUAUUUCGACGGCAAGGAGUUAAAUUUGAAAUAAAGUAUUCCAGAGGAUUUUUAAAAGGUGACAAAUCGCUUGGUCAAGCUGUUGUGAAACUUUCUUCGUUUGAUAACAGAUGUGAAAUUCACGAAUGUGUUGAUCUGAUGGACCCUGAGAAAGGUCGCAAGGCUAUUGGCGGGAAAAUCGAGGUGAAAAUUCGUAUACGCGAACCAUUGACGGAUAAAGAUGUUGAAAUCCUAACUCAGAAAUGGCUUGUGAUUGAAGCUUUUGUCGCGCCUUCGAACCGACCAAUAAGCGCCUCGUCGGGCAAGGUGGAAAAUGCAAGUGUUGGAGGAAGGGGAAAAAGUGCAAACGUGUAGAUCUAAAGUUUGUACAAUCGAGUGAUGCUUAUAAACAGCCUAAAAUUGUAGGAAUAUAUUUAUAUGUUUAAUACUGUAGAUAGAAGAAUAAAUUAACCAUUUUAUACUAAAUUUCUAUCAAAUGUCUAAUCAAUUUAUACUAAAUACUAAAUGUAUCCACGCAUAGGAUUAAAAUAUAGUAUAAUUAUGAAUACACGGCUAACCCUUGCACGUUACUUACAUGCAUUCGCGGGCACCUUUGGUGAAGUGCAUGAAGAUUGUUUAAAGUUAUUAUUCAUCUCGGAGUGAUCUACAACACAGUGAAUCUUACAUUGUUUUUCUUGGAUAUUUUUAGACUAAGGUGAUUUUUAUUAUCGCAAAUGUUAUAACUAAACAAAGCAGUUGUGCCG